CUGCGUGGCAACGGCAUCAGGCUAGGCCAUAUGGGUUUCUGCUAUUGCAUAAUCAUGACUUGCAAGAAAUGACAUAUCUACCCUUGAAGCAUUUAUUUUCCGUGUCAUUAAAUUGAUAUCCCACACACACACACACUCACUCUCACAAGUUCAAAUCUCAUAAGUUUCUUCCUGAUUUCACGCAUUGCUUCCUAAGUAGCUUAGCAAAGAAGGAAAUCGUGGGAGAUCUGGUUAGGUGAGGUGUUGACUCGGAUCUACUCUCUUCCUGGCUCCUUCUUAUUUCUUUCAGCUGUGGAAGAAAACAUGGGAAGGAGAAAGAUAGAGAUAAAGAGGAUAGAAAACACGACGACGAGGCAAGUGACGUUCUCAAAGAGAAGGAACGGACUCCUGAAGAAGACCAAUGAGCUCUCUGUCCUCUGUGACGCCCAGAUCGGACUCAUCGUCUUCUCCAACACUGGCAAGCUCUUUCGCUACUUCUCUCACCCCUACAGGAUGGAUCAAAUAAUUGAAAAGUACCAACGAUCUACAGGGACUCGCAUAACGCCCCAUGGACAUUCCCACCAUCAGGAAGAUUUAUUGACUGAGAUGGCAAUGUUGAGGCAUCAAAAUCUGAGCCUUGAGAUGGGGAUUCAGCGCUACCUUGGAGAGGGCAUAGCUUGUCUCCAAUAUGAAGAAUUGACUCAGCUUGAAGAUGAAGUUCAAAGCUCUGUUGCAAGGGUUCGAACCGGAACCAAACAGGCCCAGAAACAACGAACCCGCAUACCUACUCUAACCCCCAAUUGAAUGUACUAUUUUUCCUCCCUGUGUCUGAAUUGAAAUUCCUUGAAAUCAUGGGUAGCAUAAGUAGGCGACCUCGAUGCUGGAGGAGCACGGCGACACUAGCACAUUUAGACGAGUACGACGCUGAAGUCUUGAAAAAGAAAUGGCUAAAUCUAAGCAGCUUCAAUGCGACGGCUUUGAAGAAGAGAAGGUAAGCCCAGCUUCUCCUUUCUGAUUAAUUAUGCAAUUUGCUUGGGUGGACAAGAUGACUAGUGGUUGACUAGUUGAUCUUGUCAUUUCAGAGAUGCCAGGUGUGUGCUAGCACAUUCUCCAUAGUCACAGUGUCAUCCAUGUCCAAUGGGCCCAAUUUAAUUUUUUAAAGAAAAGAAUUAAUACUGGUACUCACUAACCACUCUUCGAAAAAUUCAGUGGGAUUUAAAAGGUACCAACGAUUUACCCUUCUCGGUGUCGAUGUUUAUCGCCAAAACAGAGAAACCAGUGACAGUAAUUGAAAGCCAUUUUAGUGUCAGUUGUCAACAUUUUUGAAAAUCCAAAGUGAGUUGCUGCCAGUGUAAUAUCCUAUGAAUUAAACAUGUUAUCGAACCAUUAUCAUCAUCAUUAAGUAGAACAUCUCCGGUGCCUGAAUUUGAAAGAUGACAGGAGGUGUCUAUGUUCAAACUGGUGGACGGCAACAUUAGGGAGAGGUGACCGCGUUCGUGUUAAUUACAUGUGUCGUUGUUGCCAUGGGAGGCCUUCUCUUCUCUUUGGAUACGAUCUUGGUAUGACGGGAGGAGUUACGUCUAUGGAACCAUUCUUGGUUCAAUUCUUUUCGGCUGUGUAUAAACAAAUGAUGGAUGAUUCCGUUACCAAUCAAUACUGUAAAUUUGACAACCAACUACUCACGUUGUUCACCUCCUCUUUAUAUCUUGCGGCAUUAAUGGAAUUCAACCAGAAGAUAUAGAGAGGAGGUGAACAACGUGAGUAAUUGUUUGUCAAAUUUACAGUAUUGAUUGGUAGCGGAAUCGUCCAUCAUUUGUUUAUACACAGUCGAAAAGAAUUGAACCAAGAAUGGUUCUAUAGACGUGACUCCUCCCGUGGUACCAAGAUCGUAUCCAAAGAGAAGGCCUCCCAUGGCAGCAACGACACAUGUAAUUAACACGAACGCGGUCACCUCUCCCUGAUGUUGCCGUCCACUAGUUUGAAGAUAUGUACCUCCUGCCAUCUUUUAAACUCAGGCACCAGAGAUAUUCUACUUAGUGAUGAUGAUAAUCGUUCGAUAACAUGUUUAAUUUAUAGUAUAUUACAUUGGCAGCAACCCACUUUGGAUUUCUAAAAAUAUUGACAACUGACACUAAAAUGGCUUUCAAUUACUGUCACUGGUUUUUCUGUUUUGGCGAUAACCAUCGUCACCGAGAAGGGUGAAUCGCUGGUGCCUUUUAAAUCCUACCGAAUUUUUCGACAAGUGGUUAGUGGGUGCCCAGUAUCAGUUCUUUUCUUUGAAAAAUUGAAUUCGGCCCGUUGGACAGGGAUGACACUGUGACUAUGGGGAAUGUGUUAGCACACACCCUGACAUCUCUAAAAUGACAAGAUCAACUAGCCAACCACUAGUCAUCUUGUCCACCCAAGGAAAUUGCAGAAUUAAUCAGAAAGGAGAAGCUGGGCUUACCUUCUCUUCUUCAAAGCCGUCGCAUUGAAGCUGCUUAGAUUUAGCCAUUUCUUUUUGGAGCUACAGAAACCCAAUUGGUGCGCUCUCAAUUGUGUUGGAAAGUAGACAUCUAGGGCUUUCCAACAAUAUAUAAUAGUAUAUACUUUGCCCGAGUUUUGAUGACGCAAACUGGCGUUCAAACGCCAACUUCCUGCCCUAUUCUGAAGUUAAACGCCAGAAACAAGUUACAAACCAGAGCUAAACGCCACAAACAGGCUGCAACCUGGCGUUUAACUCCAAGAAGAGUCUCUACACAUGAAAGCUUCAAUGCUCAGCCCAAGCACACACCAAGUGGGCCCGGAAGUGGAUUUCUGCAUCAAUUACUUAUUUUCUGUAACCCUAGCUACUAGUUUAGUAUAAAAACUACUUUUAGUGAUUUAUUUUAUAUCUUUGGACGUUUUCUUUAGACCCUGAGAGGCUGGCCAUUCGGCCAUGCUGAGACUAUUUUCACUUAUGUAUUUUCAACAGUGGAGUUUCUACACCCCAUAGAUUAAGGUGUGGAGCUCUGCUGUUCCACAUGAAUUAAUGCAAAGUACUAUUGUUUUUC